AUGGCUGCAUUCAUCCGGAACCUCAAGAUUACCAUAGCGCCGUACCGGCUUCAAGCCCACCAAGUCGAAUUCGAGCGUGUCAUGAAGUCUGAACGCCUCGAGCCCGAGCCACACAUCAGUGCUAGUCAGGCGUACGCCCAGGUCAGUUACCCUCGUCCACUCGUUGACCAGCUGGAGCAUAACUUGUGCAACUACUAUCCGCUGGUCUUAAAAGACCAUAACUUCCCUCGAUUCAUCAUUCCCGCCACCCAGGUGUUGGCUCAGGGUGGUGGUGACGAUGACAUUUACAAUGGUCCUUCCAUCACAAUCAAGACGAGCGCAGAUGCACAGUAA